AUGAAUGCUGUCCAUUUCUCAAAUAAAGAUGAACUGGAUAUAUCAAAUGAGAAGACCAGUUACCUUCAAGAUGCAAUCUCCAUGCUAACUAAUUCACCCUCAGAUUGGUACAUGGUGCUAAAUGAGAGAAUCGCACUAAUCGAUUGGGACAACAAAGCACGGAAGUGGGCUCAACUGUUAGGACACCUUUUGACCUUUUUAUUUUAUGCGAUACGGCUGUUGCAGGAUAAUUUAAUCAAGCCAAAUAACUACAAGUUCACAUCGAAGAAAGACGCUUUUGAUUUAUCAAAAUCUGACAAACUAAAGGAGUAUGAGUUUUUGAGCAGAUAUGCUACUAGCCUUGAAGAUCGCCCAAGAUCCGCGGAAACUCUGUAUCUUGACUUGUUGAGCGGGCUUAGCAAAGUUCUUGAUUCAUCUAUCAUACUAUUAAUAUUCUUCAACCUGUGCUUAACCUACAGAUUCUUUUGGGGUUGUUUUAGGACUUACUACCUUUUCAAUGUGAAAGAGAGGCCUCCAUCAGAGAAUGUGACGAAACACAGUUUAUCCGGUUUAAACGAUGGUUAUCUUGAGAAUAUUUACAAUGGAUCAUUGUGGUCGAUGUUGAAGGUUUUCUUCAGUAAAAAUAUUAAUGAAGAAGAACCGGGAGAUGAGGGGUUCUACUAUACACUUGCGAAGUGGGCGCCGUCGAACUUUAUCACUAACAUUUUUAUCUCAUUUUGCCCCAGCUGUCUUAUAUUCCUGAUGCUGACCGAUGUCUCCUUUAGUACUGCAUUGGCAGUUGUUAUUCAUCAGCUGGUACUUUGCUUCACGGUUCUUCAUCGCUUUCAAAGCAGAAUUAAAGAUGACUCCAUAAUCAAUAAGGCCACCAUGGCUGAAUUUGAAGAGAAGGUGGUAAAACCAUUGACAUGCAAGAAAUUUCAAGACGUACAGGUUGAUGCAACUCCCUAUGGCAAUGGAUUCGUUCGAUUUUUACCUGCCACUUCUUGUUCAAGGUCGCAUAUAUUCAAGUCGCAUACACUAAACGGGGAAGCAGUCACUGAAAGAUUCAACACAAGAACCCAAGAAUUUGAAGACAUGGCAGAAAUUUGUGCUCCUCAUAAUAUUUUGAUCAAGCCCCCGCGUUUACGAUCAUAUCACAGCCCUGGUGAAUGCCAACGAUGUCAUGUGCGAAAAGACGCAAGAAUUAUGUGUUGUAAUCAAAGUAAUGGUGCUAGUCCGACAAGAAGAACUACACCUCCUGGCUUUUACUCACCAUGCGUCUCAUCGACCUCUGACAUGUCAUAUUCGCAAUGUAGAGAUGAAAGAUCAUCUCAUCGCAUGAACUCACAACGAUCUCCAUGUCAAUCGCAGAACUGUUUCUCGAGCAAUUACUCUAGGAAGAAGUCAAGAAGCCCCUUGAGGCAAUCAGUACUAGUUUCAAAACAUACCAAGAAUUCAGAACCAUCAGAUGAAAGCCACCAGUGCAUGUCAUCCAGAAGUUCCAGUAAGAGCCCGAGACACGGAAGUAGCUAA